UUUGUGUGACUGUGAUCUAUAUUCCACUGAUGUUAUUUGGCCUUCUUGGGAACAUAUUAACCAUACUGGUGGUCUGGCUCCGCCCACAUAUGAGAAGCUCUACAUAUCUAUACCUGAGCAGCAUGGCUGUCAGCGAUCUGCUGAUCCUCCUUCUGCUGCCUCUGGAUCUCUAUAAGUGCAGACCACGCCACCUGGUGCUCCACCUGGAUCCCCGUAAAAAGAGCGGGGAUCCAGGAGUUAUCGUCUUGGCAUUUGUGCUCUGCUGGCUUCCCUUCCACGUUGGUCGGACCAUAUUGACCCUUUCGCUCGGCUCUGACGCUAACAUUUACUUUCUGUAUUACUUGUCUCAGUAUUUCACGCUGGUUUCUUCUGUUCUCUUCUACCUCAGUGCCGCGGUCAAUCCGUUACUUUACAACCUGAUGUCUGCCAGAUACAGACUGGCUGUUCACA